AUGUACCGUAGGACGGUCCUUGGCUUGGCAUCCUGGUGGUCCGGACCCCUUGGUAAUAAUAACGCCGAGUGGUUCCCCUGUGCGGUGAUGAGCGAGGCUUCGAUAACCACAGGACGCAAGGAACCUGGUCAGGCCAGCCCGACGCCCUACCAUGUCAGGCCUUCUCAGCCCUCUGGGGGCGCAAACGAGAUAUCUACAGCAACACUAGCGAACAAAACAGUAGCAAAUCUCCGCUCGUCCGGGCUCGUCGAGAUUGCAGCACCGCAACCCGUGACGUGA